AUGGACUUCUCCGGCCCCUAUGCCAAAGAGCUCGAGCUCGCAUGUCUGACUGUGCAACGGGCGACUCUCUUGACGAAAAAGCUCCUUGAGGCAGUCGAUAAGGGAACAUUGGGUAAAAGCGACGAUAGUCCCGUGACGAUUGCCGAUUUCGCUGCCCAGGCAUUGAUCAUCGGCGCAAUCCACAAUGCCUUUCCUGGCGAUGAAUUCGUGGGCGAGGAAGACUCGACGGCGCUGAGACAGGAUGAGACUCUUCUCGAGCGUACUUGGGAACUUGCCUCGACGUCCCGUCUUGAUGAUGAGGCUAGUGAGAGCUUGCUCUAUACUCCGCAAUCCAGGGAGGAGAUGCUGGAGAUCAUUGACCUGGGUGCUAAGGGGCAGUGUACCCCUCGGAGUCGCGCGUGGGUUUUGGACCCCGUGGACGGGACUGCGACGUUCAUGAAGAACCAGCAGUACGCGGUAUGUCUGUCACUGGUGGAGAACGGGCAGCAGAAGAUCGGUGUUCUGGGCGGUCCGAACCUGAAUCUCGAAAACGGGCGGAUUCAGGAAGAAGUCACUGAUCAGGAUGGAUAUGGUCACCAGGUCCUCGCCGUUGCGGGCGAGGGCGCAUGGAUCAGGAAGAUGAGCACGGGUUCGCUCCUCCCCGCAACCAAGCUCAACCCCGUGGCACAGAUCAUGGAUCCGAGUAAGAUUCAAUUCGUCGAUUGCUCAGCAGCUACAUCGUCCGAUUUUGAACUUCAUGCGCGCGUUGCAAAGCGGCUAGGUGCCCCGUGGCCGCCGCGCGCUGAUCUCUGGGCUGCGCAGCUGCGCUAUGUAGCGAUUGCCAUUGGCGGGUGUCAUGUGUUGAUUAAGGUCCCUCGCAAGACAUCCUACCGAUCGAAGAUCUGGGAUCAUUCCGGGGGGAUGUUGAUUGCGCAGGAGCUUGGAGUUACUGUUACGGACCUUUCGGGGAACCCGGUGGAUUGUAGUCUUGGGCGGACGCUGGCGGGGUGUUAUGGGAUGGUUGUUGCGCCUGCUUCUAUCCAUGGACGGAUUGUUGAGGCUAUUCGGGACACUAUGGAGGAGUCGGAUGAUGAUGAAUGA